GAGGGUUUUAACCAACGCGCCAUGCGUAUCCAAUGACAGGUCGCGAUUGCCAAUCUCCCGAUUUUGCACAGCUACGUCAUCGCUCACCACCGUUGCUGGUGUCGCCACAGCACAGUCUAAGCCACGUCGAUGAUCCCGGCCUCUAACACCUCUUACAGAUCAUCUUCAGUCUUUCAAACUCAAACGAUCUAUUGUGAUACCCUAUUGUAAUCUUCGCCCUCUCAUCCGAGUCUUCCGCUUCUUCUGGGUCUGAACGAAAAAUAUGGUCUUCGGCCUUAGCCGCCUGACGCCGCGGCGCAUCAUCUUCUUCACUUCGGCGUCUCUAGUGUUUUGGUUGCUUGUAAUCGGUCUAACGCCAAUCACCUCACCGCUGCCACCCUACACUGGGCCACACGAGGUUGGCAUCCUUGAUGUCGAAACAGAGGUCAACAGAAGGAUCAUCCGCGAAGCCACAUUAAAAGAGACGGGGAAGAAUGCAUUCGAGCUAUCAACAUUAGCCGUCACGCUCUACUACCCCUCUUCACUACCUAAUGCCCCCCCUUCACACCGACCAUGGGCCCGUCCGUGGCUUCCACAGCCUGUAUCGUUGAUUGGACAGGGCUACGCGCGCCUUGCGGCCGUUUCCUUCUUGUCUCCUAUCUUCACAUUCGCCCUCUGGGCGCUAGGAUCUUCGACCGUCAUUCCAGGCGUCGUUGACGCACCGAUUCUCUCUGGCUCCGAGAAGGUGCUUGUCGAGGAAGGCGCGGGCCUGGGUGGUUUUGGCAAGAUCCUGGAAGCAGCUGAACAGGAGCAUACUGAGCUGAAAAGGGACCAAAAAUUCGGGACCCUGCCUUGUGUUGUCUUUACGCAUGGCAUGGCUGGAAUGAGCCAGAGUUACUCGCAUUACUUAGGUAGCAUCGCCAGUCAUGGCUACCUUGUUGCUGCUGUUGAGCAUCGGGAUGGAAGUGGACCAGGUACCAUCGUUCACUACCCGAACGAGACAGAAAGGACAGUGUGGCACAUGAAACUCAAGGAUCUUGUCUCAGACCCACCAAUGACCGAUCUUGACCUCAAGGAAGCUCAGCUUGCUUUCCGAGAGGCCGAAAUCGCAGAGACUAUCAAGCUAUUUGCGCAGCUCAACGAUGGCGACGCGCCAGUCGUAAAUCUGAAGCCCGCAUCUCCUCGCAAAGCUCUUCCUGGCUUCGAGAAUCGCCUUGACAUGUCAGCUGUCACGGUCGCCGGGCACUCGUAUGGUGCGACCGGUGUCCUGCGGGCUCUGAAGUCCGCCGGGCGUAAUGAUCUGAAUCUGAACGGAGGUAUUGCACUAGAUCCAGGUAAAGGCUCAGGUCCGUUGAACAAGGACAUUGACGUACCCCUUCUGGUUAUGCAGAGUGGAGAAUGGACCGAGAAACAGACGGAGUUCUACGGACAAGGCUGGCAUUACGAUGUUGUGAAGAAAAUCGUUGAGAAUGUCAAGGAUGGCUGGAUGAUGACCUUGACUGGUACUGCGCACCCUUCUUGCACUGAUGCGCCACUGAUCGUACCAUGGAUUAUGAAGUUGGUGACCGGCACUACAUUGGAGUCAAAAGUUGCACUGCGUGAAUACAUUGACACGUCAGUCCACUUUUUGACUUACCUUAAGACAGGUGAGAAGAAGGGUGUCAUUGCGAGCAAAGUUACGAGCGCAGCAGGACCAUUAGGAGAUGCUGAUAAGCGUGGGAAAACCAAGGGAGAAUUUGGAGCGGACUGGGAAGUCCAUGUUGUGCCAAAUUCAAAGAAUGAGUAGAUAUACAGGUUUUCCGAAUGAUUACACAUUGAAGCCUGACAAGGCAGACUCAGGCUGCAUUGCAGUGGGUCUUUGCGACACAGCCGUAACAUGCAAGUGGGGAAUCUGAAAAACCCACACCCUGUUCACAAGAAAUCUCCCUUCAACGGCUGUGCUCUUGGUGUAGUUCACAACCCGAAAUUCGUCCUUGUAUCAUGACGAAAUCUUCGUUUCCAGGUGAAUGUGAUGCCUAGGCCGUAAAUCGACUAAACUGUUGAC